AUGAUCGUCGUACAUUUGAUUCUUGCUACACCUCAAAUCAAUCUUUAUAAUACAGAUUGUGUAAGUGAGAAUGAAAAUAAUAAUGCAUUACAACACGAUUGUCUACGUGUUGUUGCUUCUAAUGAAGAAGCAAAUAUUAAUCGUCAAAUUAUAUCGUAUUGUAUGAGUGAAUUACAAUCAAAAUUUCAUAUCGAGAAAACGAAUGUCUAUCCAAAGUUUACUUUUGCUGAACUAUCGAAACAGAAUAUUACUAGUCAACAAUUAUAUAUUUGGUCAGCACCGAUCGAUAUCGUUGAACAUUAUGAAUUCUAUUUAAAUCAAUUAUCAACAUCAAAUGAUCUAUCUAUCGCAACACAAGUUUUCUAUAAUUGUACAUUGCCAAGAUUUGGUCCCAUGUGUCAAUAUGAAAUUGAUUAUUAUUAUCGAAAUUAUUCAUCUUUAUAUGAAAUAAUUCAUGAUUAUUAUCGUACCCAGGAAUAUAAUCCAACGAAUUUUACAUGUUAUACUCAUUUGCAAUGUAAUCGUGGUCCUUUGCCAGCAUGUUUAGAUUGGAGUGAAAUUUGUGAUGGACAGAUCGAUUGUCUCGAUGGUGAUUUUGAUGAAGAACAUUGUUGGCAGCUUGAAACAAAUCAAUGUAAAGACGACGAAUAUCGAUGUACUAAUGGACAAUGCAUACCAUGGUCGUUUUUUCGAGACGAUACUAAUGCUUCUGAUUGCGUUGAUCGCUCUGACGAAGUUUCAAGACGUUAUGACAAAUUUAACAAGUGCAAUACAGAUAAACCGUCAUUUGAAUGUGAAGACAUAACAUGUAGGCAUACAUUCUUGACAAAUUCUUGUGUGGUACCACGCCAACGCCUACUAGUGAAUGCGAUCUAUUCGAUCACUAACAAUUCCGUAUCUCAACAAUGUUGGUCAGCUUUUAAAUGUGUCUUAAAUGUACCUGAUUCUGAAAAGCCAUUUUGUAAAAACGUUUGUGAAACAGCAGCAUGUCUCGAGAUCAUUAACAACACGUGUCCAGAUAUGUUUCACUUUCCCAAUGUUCCAGUUUUAUUUGGUCACGCAUACUUUGCUCACACAAAAAAUGACUCAUUAUUCUUUACCAGAGGAGGUUCUGUAGCACCUUAUUUAUGCUAUAGAAAUUCUCGUUAUGAUGAGUAUUUUAUUCGUCAACCAAAGAUCUUAUUCAAUAAUGAAACGUGUUUUCGUCCUCAAGGGUUACCAGUCCCAUCGAUUUUUUCUACUUCAUGGGAACUCAACUAUCACAUACCUUUAAACCACUUGUACAAAGAACUUAAGGCAUACAAUCUGAUCUUUAACUAUAAUUCUGCAAUUUGUAAUGCAUCGCACAUGUAUCAAUGUGUUAAUUCAUCCAAAUGUAUUCCAACUAAUCGCCUACUGGAUGUUGCAAAUGAUUGUCCUCAGAGAGAAGACGAAAAUAUUACAUACAUUAAUAACACUGGUUUAACAAAAAAAUUAAAAAGCCAUUUCAAAUGUGAACUAGCUGAUAAAUACAUUCAUCAAUCAUUCGUUGCUGAUGGAACAUGCAAUUGUUUAUUUGCUGGCUAUAGGUGGUGUGAAGAUGAAUCUUCAGAUGUUCACUAUGCUAGAAAGAAUAUUUCAUUUCAAACAAUUUGUGAUGGAUUUACAGAGCUGAUUCCAAUAACAAUCGAAGGGCGAAAUGAAACAGAUGAAACAGAAUGUGAAAACUGGUCAUGUAAUAACAUGUAUACUCGUUGUGAUGGUUUAUGGAAUUGUCUCCAUGGUGAAGAUGAAAUUGGUUGUUAUUUAUCGUCAACAUUUAAUUGUUCGCCAGAUCAUCACAUAUGUGUUUCACCUGACACAAACCAAUUCAUGUGUCUAUCUAUUCAGAAAGCAAACGAUGGCAAGAUCGAUUGUGUUGGUGCUACUGAUGAGUCAACAUUAUGUCAAAAAAAGUAUGAAAUAAAUGUUAAUUAUAAUUUUUACUGCAGGAACACAACAUAUUCAUCCUGUAUUAGUUCUGAAAAAUUAUGUGACCGUGACAAAAAUUGUAAAGAUGGAGAUGACGAACAAUUUUGUGUAAAAAAUCGAACAAAUAAUACCAUAAAUCGUAUUUGUCGUCCAUCGUAUGUAGCUUUUGGUUCUGACGUCGAGAAGUUUUUAUGUUAUGCAACAAGAGACAAGAUAAAACAGCAAAUAAAAUAUUUUUCACUGGAUGGAAUGAGCAAAUCCGUCGAAACUCAAACGAAGAAUGUGACACGUCUCGUAUUUUCAAGUUCACCUAUCAUUAAAAUAUCUCAUCAACAUGAACGUCGCUGUCAUCGUGGUCUUGAUUUACGUGUCUGGUUAAAUCAUGAAAAGAACUUAACAACAAAUACAUGCCUUUGUCCACCUAGUUUUUAUGGUAAUAUCUGUCAAUAUCAAAAUCAACGAGUGAGUUUGACCAUUAAAUUUCGAGCAUUAUCCGAUUCUUGGUCAACAUUAUUCGCAAUGAUUAUUUCACUUAUCGAUGAUACUGAAGAAAGAAUUAUUAAUUCAUAUGAACAGUUCACUUAUUUAUCGAUAAGAGAUUGUAAAAUUAAAUUUAAUAUUUAUUUACUUUAUUCAAAUCGACCAAAAAAUCUAACAAACAAUUAUGCUAUACAUAUUGAUAUCUAUGAAAAAGCUUCCUUGACCUAUCGAGGAAGUUUACUGUUUCCAAUAACAUUUCCAUUUUUACCUGUUUAUCGUCUAGCAAUCAUAGCCGAUAUCCCACGAAAUGAUAAAAAUAUCGAAAGUUGUUCAAAUCCUCGAUGUAUUCAUGGCAAAUGUAUUAGAUAUUCAAAUAAUCUACAAAAUACUAGUUUUUGUCAAUGCUAUCAAGGAUGGUCUGGACAAUAUUGUACUAUUCCACAUACUUGUAUGUGCUCGUCUGAUUCAUUAUGUAUUGGUACCUCUGCUAACAAUCGAUCUGUAUGUGUUUGUCCUGUUCAUAAAUUUGGUGCUCGAUGUCUUCUUAUCAAUACAAUGUGUCAAAUUGACAAUAAUUUAACAUGUCAAAAUGAUGGUCAAUGUAUUCCUACGAAUGAAUAUAUGAUAACCGAUCAAGCAUUUCACUGCAUAUGUCCAAAAGGUUAUAUUGGAGAUCGAUGUGAAAUAGUUGAUAAUAAAAUUACUCUUUUAUUUGAAAAAGAUUUUACUUUAUCUCAAUCAAUAUUUAUUCAUUUUAUUGAAGUUGUUAAUAAUGGUGCACCGAUUAGAGCAACUACUUUUCGAACAAUUCCACGAACACAAGAUUCACUCAUUAUUUACUGGGCACGACCAUUUCAUCUUGUUUUUAUUGAACUUAUUAAUAAAAUUUAUUAUUUAGCUAUUACUCAAAAAUCUUAUCAACGAUCAACAACAAUAGUUAAGAUGAUAAAUCCAUUAGAUCGUUGCCAACACAUAAAUGAAUUAUUUAAUGAAACUUUUAUUCAAUUGCAUAUUCUUCGUCGUAUUAAAUAUUAUCAUUUACCAUGUCAAAUAUAUUCAUCAAAUAUUUCUUGUUUUUAUGAUGACAUCCAUAUGUGUCUAUGUUAUGAUUUUGGACAACAACGUUUAGCAAAUUGUUUUGAAUUUAAUCAUAAUAUGACAUUCGAUUGUUUAGGUCAAAGUGUUUGUGAAAAUGGAGGUCAAUGUUUUCAAGACAAGCCCGAUUGUCCACAACGAUCAAUGUGUAUUUGUCGUUCAUGCUUUUAUGGAACACGAUGCCAAUUUAGUACAAGUGGAUUUGGUUUAUCACUUGAUGGCAUCUUAGGCUAUCAUAUUCUACCAUAUACUCGUAUUAUACAUCAACCAAAAAUUGUAAAAAUUAGUUUCGGAUUAACUAUAAUUUUUAUGGUGGCAGGGUUUAUUAAUGGUGUUCUUGCUUUGAUAACAUUCAACAAUAAAUUAAUAUGCGAAGUCGGUUGUGGCGUGUAUCUAUUAGGUUUAUCAAUUGCUACUUUAUUUACAACGAUUAUAUUUGGAUUGAAAUUUUCGAUCCUUGUUCUCGGGCAAAUGGCAUAUAUAUCAAAUCGAUUAUUUUUACAAAUUCAAUGUAUAUCUCUUGAUUUUCUUCUACAUGUUUCCCUUACUAUGGAUCAAUGGUUAAAUGCAUGUGUUGCUACUGAACGAGCAAUUACUAUGAUAAAAGCUACUCAUUUUCAGAAGAAGAAAAGUAAACAAGUAGCGAAAAAAGUCAUUGUUAUUCUUUUGAUUGUGAUUAUUGGUACUUCUAUUUAUGAUCCACUUUAUCGACGUAUAAUUGACGAAGAAAAUGAAGAUGAAAAACGAAUAUGGUGUGUUGCUACUUAUCCAUCCAGUUUACAAAUAUUUAAUUCUGUUAUAAAUACUUUUCAUUUUCUCGCUCCAUUUAUGAUUAAUUUGAUUUCAGCUGUUAUUCUCAUAACAAAAAUAUCUCGUCAACAAACAAAUCUGCAAACUCAUCGAACUUACACAGAACUUUUACGAGAACAAAUUCGACGACAUCGACAUUUAUUUGCUGCUCCAGUUUUACUAGUCAUCCUUGCAUUACCACGUUUAAUUAUUUCAUAUGUAUCAAAAUGUAUGAAAUCAACAAAUGAAGCAUGGUUAUUUCUUAUUGGAUAUUUUAUUUCAUUUAUUCCACCUAUGCUUACUUUUGUUGUAUUUAUACUGCCAUCAAAAUUUUACAAAACACAAUUUCGUAAAUCUGUCGUUGCUUAUCGAACUAAAAUACAACGAUAUCUACAAGUUACUACUAUAUAA